GAUCACCUUCUUAGUCUCAUUCAGUAUAAUGUAUCCCGGGGUUUGCGGUGGAACAAAGCUUUACUGAAGCAGUUGGUGUCAUAUGCUAUGCCGAGUUUGCCACCUUUAGGAGUCUUCGAUGACGAUAUACUUUUCUUCGGUUAUUCGAUUAUUACCCGGGCAUCACAAAAUUUACCCAAUUGUCUUGCUCCAACUCGGUCACAAAUGGCAAACGUACAUUCAACAUGGAUUAAUAUAUUGCCUUUCCCCAAACUUCGAGAGAAUCUCAUGAAUUGUGAGGCUAGUUUUGAUCAUGGAGAAUUCAUGCAUGAUCUAGUUGGUGGUCUCGUUGACGUAACACGAUUUACACGGCCAAUUUUGCACGCCGAUGACGAUGAAGUAACAACAGGUCGAAAUGGAUUGAUAAUAUGGGGAGAGCCUUAUCUGAUGGAAAGUUGGGAAGCGACCCCAGGAUUCUUAACAAAGUGGGGAUGGGUUGUUGAAGGCUGCCAGGAAUUGAUAGAGUCAAGCAAUCGUUGGAGAACGGCUAGGGGUGAGGAGGCAAUAAAAGUUUCUAGUUUGGAAUAG